AUGGCUCCUGAAAUUGCCGUAAACACGAUCUAUGUAUCCGAAAAGUCCCAUCAAGCACCUUCAAAGAGAGCUUAUGUGACGUUUUUGGCAGGCAAUGGAGACUACGUGAAGGGAGUGGUGGGAUUAGCAAAGGGUUUGCGUAAGGUGAAAAGUGCUUACCCUCUUGUUGUUGCUAUGUUGCCUGAUGUUCCUGAGGAACAUAGAGACAUCUUGAGGUCUCAAGGCUGUGUAGUGCGUGAGAUCGAGCCUGUUUAUCCUCCAGACAACCAAGUUGAGUUUGCCAUGGCGUAUUACGUUCUCAACUACUCAAAGCUUCGUAUUUGGAAUUUUGAAGAAUACAGCAAGAUGAUUUACUUGGACGCAGAUAUUCAAGUCUUUGACAAUAUCGACCACCUUUUCGAUUUGCCUGAUGGCAAAUUCCAUGCCGUGAUGGAUUGUUUCUGUGAGAAAACAUGGAACCACUCGCUUCAGUAUUCGAUUGGGUAUUGUCAACAGUGUCCCGAGAAGGUCACCUGGCCGGAAGAUAUGGAGUCUCCUCCUCCUCCUCUGUAUUUCAACGCCGGUAUGUUCGUCUUUGAGCCUAGCCCUUUGACUUACGAGAGCCUCCUUCACACCCUCAAGAUCACACCGCCUUCACCAUUUGCUGAACAAGAUUUUCUCAAUAUGUUCUUUGAGAAAGUGUACAAACCAAUUCCUCUGGAUUACAAUCUUGUUCUUGCUAUGCUUUGGCGUCACCCUGAGAACGUUGAUCUUGAUAAAGUCAAGGUUGUUCACUACUGUGCAGCUGGAUCAAAGCCAUGGAGGUACACAGGAGAAGAAGCUAACAUGGACAGAGAAGACAUCAAGAUGUUGGUUAGUAAAUGGUGGGAUGUUUAUAACGAUGAAUCUCUCGAUUUCAUCAAACCGAAAACCGAAACCGUUACGAAAUCGAGCAUCCUUGCUUCCGUACCCGAACCGGAACUUACCUUCUUCCCCGCACCUUCUGCUGCUUGA